UUUGAAGCAGCCUUUCGUAUGUCUUUCUAUGGAGAUGUACAGGCGCGUAGAGAUACUGCCAAAAUGCAAUUAGUUAGAGAUCAGGCUGAUUGGCUUCUCAAUAAUAUAAUUCCCCCACAUGCUGUUGAAUCACUCAAAACAAAUACAAAAUAUAGUGAAAAUCACAAAUUGACGGCAGUAAUGUUUGCUUCAAUAACUAAUUGGCAUGAAAUGUAUGAAGAAACAUAUGAGGGUGGUCGUGAAUUUAUUAGAGUAUUAAAUGAAGUUAUUGGGGAUUUUGAUGGUAAAAAUAAAUUUAGGAAAAAAAUAAUUUUAUUUUUUUCCAAAAAAGAAUUACUCGACCGUUCUGAAUUUACACAUGUUGAGAAAAUUAAAACAAUAGGCCCUUGUUAUAUGGCUGCUUCUGGAUUGAAUCCUGAUAGAAGACGGUUAUCACUACAUCCCUAUGAACAUUUAUAUCAGGCAAAUUUUAUUUUUAUCGCAAACUUUGCUUCAUUUUUAUAA